GGCAGAAAUCUAACAACAGGAGAGCUUGGUUUCUUCCCAAGUGAUGCAGUAAAACCUAGCCCAUGUGUUCCCAAACCGGUAGACUACUCUUCACAACUGUGGUUUGCAGGAGCAAUGGAAAGAUUGCAAGCAGAGAGUGAACUUAUUAACAGAGUAAAUAGCACUUACCUGGUGCGGCACAGGACCAAAGAGUCAGGAGAAUAUGCAAUUAGUAUUAAGUACAAUAAUGAAGUGAAACACAUCAAGAUUUUAACAAGAGAUGGCUUUUUCCACAUUGCAGAAAACAGAAAAUUUAAAAAUUUAAUGGAACUCAUAGAAUACUAUAAGCACCACUCUCUCAAAGAAGGCUUUCGAAGUUUGGAUACUACUCUUCAAUUUCCAUAUAAAGAAUCUGAAAACUCAGUGGGACAAAGGAGUAACAGAACAGGUGGCAACUUGCUAAGCCCGAAGGUGAUAGGCAUUGCCAUAGCCAGGUAUGACUUCUGUGCAAGAGACAUGAGAGAACUGUCCUUAUUGAAAGGGGACGUUGUAAAAAUUUAUACAAAGAUGAGUGCGAAUGGCUGGUGGAGAGGUGAAGUAAAUGGAAGGGUGGGCUGGUUUCCAUCAACUUAUGUUGAAGAGGAUGAAUGAAUUAAAAACUUUCCUCUGCUGACCAGCAGUUUCAGGGAUUGUAAAAAUUUAGUAUCUUCAAAGUGUUAUUCGUCUUCUAAAGUAUUUAAACAGCAGCAUUUUUGUCUGUCUGAACCUUCCAGUCUUAAUGUUGGGAUUUAUACAGAAGUUUGUGCUGACAGAUUAUUACCUUGCCCAGAGCUGUGCAAGAAACAACCUGCUGGUUUGCCAUCACUGGGGAUCAGUACAAAGACCAACCCUCACCUUCCCAGAAGAUCUCUGGAAAAUUUCUUUAUGCUCCUUUUCAUUUCACCCUGUACUGCACCAUGAGUACUAGCUAUGGCUGAAUAUUUAAUAAGUCUUUUUUUCUUCUAGCUAACAUCUGUGAUGGUACAAGGAGAUGAAAUGGCAUAUUAUUCCUUAUCACUGCAUGCAGAAAACGGAGUUCAGUUAUUCCAGUGGGCAGAAAGUAUAGUCAGUAGACUUGUCUUGAAACAUCAAACUACUUUACUUAUCACCUUACAAGCAGUUUUACACUCAUGAAAACAUUCUGAAGGAAAGACGUAGUAAACAUGAAUAGCAUUCAUGCAUAUAUAAUUAGUUAACUGACUACUUUGAGGUCCUGCCUAAAUCAUCUAACAAUUCAAGACAUUUUAAAAAGGUGUAGUGAUGUAGUAUUGCUUGAAGAAGCGUCCACGAAGUGGAAUUGUGGGAUCCUUUCUUUGUCAUCCCAAG